UCUUCCCCACAGGAAGCCAGAGGGACCUUUUCCAGACCUGAAACCUGGCUCUGCUUCAUACUGUCUGAGUGACUUUGGCCAAGGGCCAGAGCCUCUCCGGGGCUCGCUUUUCCUGUCUGUGAAAUGCGGACGGUGGUAGCACUGGCACAAGUGGGGCUGCCGUGAGGAUUACACGAGUUCAGCCACCGCGCCGGGCACACGGCCUGCGUCGAAGCGGAGGAUCCCCGUGUCCCAGCCGGGCAUGGCUGACCCCCACCAGCUUUUCGAUGACACAAGUUCUGCCCAGAGUCGCAGCUAUGGGGCCCAACGGGCGCCCGGCAGCCUGGGCUACCCGGCAGCCUCCGCGUCGCCCCAGGAGGCCUUCCUGGCCGAUCCUGUGUCCAACAUGGCCAUGGCCUAUGGGAGCAGCCUGGCUGCACAGGGCAAGGAGCUGGUGGAUAAGAAUAUUGACCGCUUCAUCCCCGUCACCAAGCUCAAGUAUUACUUUGCCGUGGACACCAUGUACGUGGGCAAGAAGCUAGGCCUGCUCUUCUUCCCCUACCUGCACCAGGACUGGGAAGUGCAGUACCAGCAGGACACACCAGUGGCCCCCCGCUUUGACGUCAACGCUCCUGACCUCUACAUUCCAGCUAUGGCUUUCAUCACCUAUGUGUUGGUGGCUGGCCUGGCGCUGGGGACCCAGGAUAGGUUCUCCCCGGACCUCCUGGGGCUGCAGGCGAGCUCCGCGCUGGCCUGGCUGACGCUGGAGGUGCUGGCCAUCCUGCUCAGCCUCUACCUGGUCACUGUCAACACCGACCUCACCACUAUCGAUCUGGUGGCCUUCUUGGGCUACAAAUAUGUUGGGAUGAUCGGCGGGGUCCUUAUGGGCCUGCUCUUUGGGAAGAUCGGCUACUACCUGGUGCUGGGCUGGUGCUGCGUGUCUAUCUUUGUGUUCAUGAUCCGGACGCUGCGCCUGAAGAUCCUGGCGGAGGCCGCGGCGGAGGGGGUUCCGGUGCGCGGGGCCAGGAACCAGCUGCGCAUGUACCUGACCAUGGCCGUGGCGGCGGCGCAGCCCCUGCUCAUGUACUGGCUCACCUUCCACCUGGUGCGGUGAGGGCGGCCGGCCCGCUCCGCCCGCUGCUGCUCUGCUCCAGGCCGCCACGGCCGCCUCUCCUCUGCCCGCCUCUCCUCUGCCCGCCGCCCCCCUCCCGAGACCCCGCCCCUCCCCUCGCAGAGGUGCUGAGAUCUCCAGCUGCACAGGCCGCCCCGCGGUGCGGCCGCUGUUCAGGAAACAAUAAACCGUGAUGGGCACGGCG